AAAAUUCAGUAGGUAAUCUAGGUACAUGCUAGGUACUUAGGUAUAUUAUAAAAUAUAUACUCGGUAUUUUUAAUUUUAUACCUACACUACUGAUAACAUCAACCGGUAUCAAAGUUCAUUGUUUUUACAGUCCGUAGUCGCCCGCAGUGUGGUUUCGUUAUCUCCGUGGUGGAAGCUGUGCCUAUUAGUAUAUUGAAAUAAACUAGUUUAAAAUAAUAAGAAAUGGCUUCAGUAGCUGGUAUAACUCGCAUGGUCUUAGGAAGAAAUACCAUCAAUGGAGGUCGGGCUGUUGUAAAUGCCGGUCUCAUAAAGUUUUACAGCACAGCACCUCAAUAUGAAAACAUCAAAAUAGAUGUUGUCGGAGAGAAGAAGAAUGUAGGAGUGAUACAGUUGCACCGUCCCAAAGCUUUAAAUGCACUUUGCAAGCCGCUGUUCCAAGAAUUGGGAAAGGCUGUUAAGGAUUUCGAUCAAGAUGACAAGAUCGCUGCUAUUAUUAUUACUGGUAACGAAAAGGCGUUCGCGGCUGGAGCCGAUAUAAAAGAGAUGCAAAACAACACUUACAGCUCAAACAACAAGGGUGGAUUCUUGCAAGAGUGGGAGGAUGUAUCCAACUGCGGCAAGCCUAUUAUAGCCGCUGUUAACGGUUUUGCUCUUGGCGGUGGUUGUGAACUAGCCAUGCUCUGCGACAUAAUCUACGCUGGUGAGAAGGCCAAGUUCGGUCAGCCAGAGAUCAACAUCGGUACCAUCCCUGGGGCUGGUGGCACCCAGCGCCUGCCACGGUAUGUGGGCAAGUCGAAGGCUAUGGAAAUCGUGCUGACUGGCAACUUUAUUGAUGCACAUGAAGCUGAGAAGAUGGGUCUGGUCGCGAAAGUGUUUCCGGUAGAGAAACUUCUAGAAGAAAGUAUCAAACUAGCGGAGAGGAUCGGAACCCAUUCCCCACUGAUUGUGAAGCUCGCCAAGCAAGCGGUGAACCAAGCGUAUGAGACCACAUUGAAAUCCGGCUUGCAAUAUGAGAAGUCGCUGUUCUAUGGUACUUUUGCUACGGCUGACCGUCAAGAGGGAAUGAACGCAUUUAUUGAAAAGAGAUCUCCCAACUUCAAGAAUGAAUAAUUUUGUACAUACUUUAAAAAAGAAAAUCAUGUUUCAUGAAAUUUUAAAAUAGCUAUGUAAGGAUAAAUGCAAUCAACAGGUUAUAUGUAUUGAAUUUUGAUAUAUUUUUACUCUACUGUUACUGCCAAUAUAUUAUUGUUUUUAA